UUGCAACUCUAGUAGGAUCACCUUUAAAAAUGGCGAAUUAAUGAAGGACAUAAAUCUGUUAGAGUUAUCACAUCUAACACAGCUGCCAACAUCAUGCAUGAAUGAGUUUGAUUAACUAAAGCAUUUUAUUUCCAUCUCUGUUAAAGCUCGACAAGAAUGUGCAGUGUGUGUACUGGAACUUUAAUAAAAACAAUGGACACGGGGGCUGGGAUGAUUACGGCUGCAGAAAACACAACAGCAGCUCAGACUACACAACGUGCCUGUGUGAUCAUCUCACACACUUCGGGGUUCUUUUGGAUGUCUCCAGGACUCAGGUGGACCCUGUUAAUGAGCAGAUCCUGACCAUUAUCACCUAUGUCGGCUGUGGAGUGUCGUCAUUGUUCUUGGGAGUCACUGUUCUCACUUACACAGCUUUCGAGAAGCUUCGUCGAGACUACCCCUCUCAGAUCCUCAUCAACCUCUCCCUGGCGCUGCUGGGCUUGAACCUGGUGUUUCUGGUCAACUCCUGGCUUUCCUCCUGGGGCAUCUACGGCCUCUGUGUGGCUGUAGCGUCCACGCUGCACUACUUCCUCCUGGCCUCAUUCACCUGGAUGGGUUUAGAGGCCGUUAACAUGUACUUCGCUCUCGUCAAAGUCUUCAACGUCUACGUUCCCUCUUACAUCCUCAAGUUCUGUGCUCUAGGAUGGGGUAUUCCUCUGGUGAUCUGCGUCCUGGUGCUCAUCGUGAACAGAGAGGCCUACGGCAGUCACAUCUACUCCACUUUGGACAACUCUGACAACUUCUGUUGGCUCCAGGACGAUGUGACAUUUUAUGUGUCUGUGGUUGCCUAUGCCGGGCUGGUCUUUCUCUUUAAUACUGCGGUUUUUGUGGUGGUUCUGAUCCAGAUUCGCCACAUGCGAGUCAACAGCCCAGCUGGGACCCACGGUGGACUGAUGCAUGACCUGAAGGGAGUCACCAGUCUCACCUUGUUACUCGGACUAACAUGGACUGUUUGCUUCUUCACCUGGACACCAGCCAAAGUGGUGCUGCUGUACCUUUUCUCCAUACUCAACACCCUGCAAGGACUGUUCAUCUUCCUGUUCCACUGUCUGAUGAAGGAGAAUGUCAGGAAACAGUGGAGGAUUCACCUCUGCUUUGGACGUUUCAGACUUGACGAGUAUUCUGAGUGGAGCCACUCGGCAUCAGUUGGAGUCACGGCCAAACCAAAAUCAAAUCCUCCGAGAGCACCAGUACCGUCGGUCCGCUCCGUCAAGUCCAGCUCCACAAACAGCACGUCUGCUUCCUCCGACUCCAGCCAGAGAGACUCAUCCUGCAAGAGACCAAACCUGGGGCUUUUUGUGAAUUCCCUGGCUCUCCCUCGUGCCCAGAGAAGCCCCUCAGGUACAGGAGCUCUGCCAUCCCAGAGAGGAAUGAACCCGACACCUGGCUGGAAGAAUCACUUGCUUGGCCAGCAAGAACAAAGAUAA